AUGAAUCCGCAAGGUCUUCAGUUCCCGCUCGGGUUUCAGCAAGGGCAGCAGCAGAACUUCAACCCGGGCAUGCAACAGAAUGCUGCGCCAGGUCAGAUGGGCAUGCCCACCGCCGGCGAAUCCAGCAGCAUGGGCGCCAACAUGCAGAACGCAGCGCAAAUGAUACAGUCAAUACGUGGCAACAUCGCCGCCGUGCAGCGUCAAUGGGCUGUCGUCUCGGGCCAACCCGACGGACCGACCAAGACCAAUGCGCAGCAAAUCCUCGCGGGCCGACUUAAACAACUGCAGGUCAUGGAGCAGUCGGCGAUCCAAUCCAUGGGCGGCCACAUUCCACCAGGCGCGCAACUCAACCAGCCACAGCAACAGGGUCAGAUGGGCAUGCCACCGCAGCAAUCACAGCUACAACAGCAGCAGCAACCAAACCCCAUGCUGCAAGGGUUGAAUCCAGCGCAGCUCAGUCAAAUGCAACAACAACAGGGCAUGAACGGUCUCGGAAUGGAUUCCAAUUUUGGUGCGCCACCGCAGCAGAACGACAUGAACCAGCUUCAGCAGCAGCAACAACCACCACAGCAGCAGCAGUCCCAGCAACCGAAUCCCUUCGGUCAACCAGGCAUGCAGCCGCAGCAGAUGCAAACACCACAGGCUCAACCACCGACAUCGGCGCAGGCUGCUGGUGGUCCCGGAAUGGCCGGCGCCAAGCGAGACUUCGUCGGCACCGUUCGCAACUUCAUGCAGCAGCGAGGCACGCCCUCUCCUCCACAGCUCUCGCUCACCUUCGUCGGCCCCGCAUCAUCCAAUCUGCCAGGCGACACAAAGACGAUCGAGCUGCAAGCGCUGUUUGCCGCAGUCAUUCACUCUGGAGGCUCUCAGCGUGCCUCCCAGAUCCCCGGCUUCUGGGCUGUCAUCGCAAGCCGUCUCGGUCUCAAGGUCGGUCCACCCGACGGCUCUCAGUCAGCGCCAGAUGCGGUUCCGAGUCCUGGCGAGGUGCCCGACCGGCUUUCGUCCUUCUACCGAGACCGUCUGUCGGCGUUCGAGCAGUUCUGGGUCUCGCGCAUGCCUCAACGUCAGGCUAGUGGCCAGAGUGGUGCUGCCGGUUCUCCGGCGGCCGCCACGCCCAACGCGACGGAUCCGAACGCGCAAGCAGUACAGUCACAACAGCCAGGUAUGGUCAGCAACGGGCAGCCUCAGCCUCAACAGACACAACCGCAAACGCCACAACAGCAGCAACAGCAGCCGACACCACAACAGCAACAGCAGCCGCAGCAGCAGCAGCAACAGCCGCCACAGCAACCCGCAGCGCAGCAGUCUCAGAUUCCUGGCCAACCUGGGGCGAACCGUCCCGGCGCGCCUGGCCAGAUCACUCCGGCUAACCUGCCUGCCAACUUGCAUCAGCAGAUGCUCCAGCUUCAGCAUCUGGUGGCGUCGGGGCGCAUCACCUCCCAGCAGGCACGCGAGCGCUUUGUUGCCAUGCAGCAGGCCACGCGCCAGAUGAUGGUCAAGCAGCAGCAGCAGCAGCAACAAGCGCAAGAUGGCUCGUCGAACGAUGCUGCGCAGUCGCAGCAACAGCAGAUGCCAUUCCAACAAGCACCCCAGCAGCAGCAACAGCUCCCCACUGGUAUGCCUAACGGUCCACAGGGCUUUCCUGGGAUGCCACCUAUGCCUCAGGCGCAACCCUCGCCAGGCAUGGGUCAACGCGCAACACCCGGCCAAGCAUCGCCAGCACCCAACCAGGGCCUUGGAGAGAACAUGCCAGGAGCAGCGCCUGGGCUUUUCAACGACCCCGCCGCCAUGCUCGCUCAGCAAGCACAGCAGCAAGCACUACCCGGCGCCGACGGUGUACCGCAGUGGCCCUCUCAAGCACCUGUAGGUCUGCCGCCUUCUCCCACCAAGUCGCAGGCGUCGAAUGGCAAUCUCUCCAAAGCAAACGCGGCCGCGUUGAAAGCGGAGGCGAAGCAGCUCAAGAAGAAGCGCAAGAAGACUGACAGCGGUCUUUCAACGCCGAUGCCAACAGGGACCAGUCCCGACGUGAAACCGCCCAUGCCGCAGCUGGUCGAUCAAGCGAAUGGACCCAUUAGCGUGAGCCAGCCACCGCUCGGCCCAUCCUCCGGCUCCACCGCCCCGCCACCUCAGCAAGAGAAGCAAGUGAUUCCUGGCACCUCGCAACCCGUCGGCCCGCCCGCCCCGCCGCAGAAACAUCAAAUCGAAUACCUUCCCAUCCGGCGCGAGGUCCACACGCAUGGCGGCUGGGAUCUCUCCCUCGUCGAGUCGCAAUAUGCGCCAGCGAUGCUCAACCGGGGUCGUCCACGAACUCUCCGCGAGCUCGGCCUCGUUGACAUCCAGGGUCUCAUCAUGUCGUUGCGCUCUCGUCUCGAUUUCGAGGUUUCGUAUGCGCUCAACACGCUGCUGAUUCUGUCGGCAGGUGUGGGUGCGGCGUCCAACUUCCAGUUCAGCCUGGCGAACUGCGAGGAGCUGCUCGAGGAGGUUUUGGACUUGCUCGAGGAGACGAGCUUCCGCAGUCAGGGUGAUGACGGUGUGUCAGGUCUGGACUCGUUGCUCCUCCAAAAUGGCGCGCCCAGCUCUUCAGGACGACCAGGCAAGCGCACACGUCGCGAAGGGGGCAUCAACUCGCUUCCCACGUAUCGCGAUUGGAUAGCCGCCGUGACGGAAGAGGAAGCCGAACUGUCCAUCUGGAAGCGACGCAAAUCGACACGCUCCCGCUCAACAGCAGGCAGCGUCCUCAACGGCGGCUCCGAAGCCGACUCGCUCGCGUCCCACACCUCCGCCACCUCCAUCCCCGACGCCAGCAUCUCAACCCACGGCGUCGAGUCGGAACACGAACGAUCCACCGAGAAAGCCGCCGCUGUCGCCCUGACAAUCCUCACGAUCCUGAAAAACUUCAGCAUCAUGCCGGAGAACAUGUACUUUUUCAACCACACGCCGCGGUUGUUGGCGGUGCUGGCGCGGUUGUGCGCGAGCGACGCGGAGCGGGGUUCUGCCUCGCACGAUGGCGAUUCCCUGGAGGGGGAGACGGUAUUUACGACGCUCGAAGCGCUCCGUGUGCGCAAGGAGGUGCUGGUGAUCGCCUCCAAUCUUGCGGGCGAGCUCCUCGUUCUUCGUCACCAGGACGCAGACACGGUUCGUGGGAUCUUUGAUCUUCUUGCGUCGUUCAUCCUGGAAGCAGGCGAAGUGGAAGAGAUGGACCACGUGGCUGAGCUAGCCGAGCUGGCUGCGUCGCUCCCACCCGGCGCACCUGCACCACCGGUCAUCCGUCGAAUUCCGUAUCAUGCCGACCUGGCCCUGGACGCGCUGAGCAAGCUCGCGCUGCCCGAUGACAACCGCGAGGUGCUCUCGUCGCUCAUCGCGGGAGAAGACAUCGAGCGCCUCGUCGGGGAGAUCCUCAAACUCCUCCCCAUGACCGAGGCCGAUUUCAAGGUUCUCAACACCGAACAUCGCCUCGGCUACUGCGAGAGGCUUUCGAUGUGUCUUUACAACCUUGCGUUCCUCGCACCACCCGCUGUCAAGUUGAGGCUUCGACGCAUCCCGGGGUUGGCAGGGAUCGUGUUGCGGAUCGUGAAAAAGCUGGCAAGAGCCACGGCCGAGUUCUCCCGCAACCCAUUCAGCGUGCUCUGUCGCAGACUGGUCGAGGCGUUACGGUUGAUCAGUGAUGGUCAGGAUAUGUUCGGUGCACCUGCCCUGCUCGGGUUCGGCUUUCAGGAUCAGGCUGCCAAGUCCAGCGCGGGCAAGAGGGAGAUCGGACUGCUGUUGGGCGACGAAGAGGGUGUGGUGGAGAUUUUGGGUACGAACGAAUUGGAUGGUGUACUGGGCGACGAACUGUUUGCGCUCAUUGCGAGCGGGUGA